AUGAAGCCUUGGGUUCUCCUCAUCUGGGCAACUGCGGUGGCAUCUUACGUGGUCCAUGACAACUCCACAUGCAUUAUAUAUCCCCAGUCUCUAGCCCAUAAUGGGUCAGCAGUCGACGAUGCAUCGUCGAUUCACCAAGCCUUUGAUCUCUGCGGAACCGAUGGAACGGUGAUUUUUUCGAAUCACACGUUCCAUAUCAAUUCUGUUCUGAACACAACUAACCUCGUCAACUGCGAAGUCUUGCUCCGUGGUGAGCUGAGCUUCUCUGACGACAUAUCCUACUGGCGUUCUCACUCCUACUCGGUGGUUCUACAGAACCAAUCCACAGCCUGGCUCUUCGGAGGCACCAACGUCACCCUACGCGGUGAGGGGGGCUGGUACAAUGGGAAUGGACAGGCCUGGUACACCGAGAAUAGGAAUGGUGCCAAUCAGCCUGGACGUCCGAUCAGCAUCACUUUCUUUAAUUCGACAAAUCUACUGGCAGACCAUUUGACGAUCAUCCAGCCUCAGUUCUGGGCAACGUUCGUCUGGCAGAGCAAGAACGUCUCGAUCACCAACUUCUUUGUGAAUGCUACGAGCGAUAAUCAAUGGGAUACCACUAAUACGGAUGGCUAUGACUCUUGGAACAGCGACAUUCUUCUCGUCGAGAAUGCGACUAUUACCAAUGGUGAUGACUGCAUUGCUGCCAAGGGAAAUACUACCAACCUUUUCGUCAAAAACGUAACCUGUCACCAUUCCGUUGGUAUGGCUAUUGGGUCUGUGGGCCAGUAUCCUAAUAUGCCAGACUACAAUAUCAAUAUCACCUUCGAAGAUGUCAAGUGCCUGAACUGCAUGGACGGUGCCUAUAUCAAGACCUGGCAGGGUGUCUGGCUCAACGGAACCUCGAAUGGGGACGGUGGAGGCGGCGGUCACGGUUUAAUCAAGAACAUCACGUUCCGCAACUUCGAGCUGGAGAACGCGGGUCUGCCUAUCCAGAUCUCCCAAUGCAUUUACCCCGAGGCCGAUAGCAAGUACUGCAAUACGUCGAAGAUGCGGAUAGAAGAUGUGACGUGGACGAAUAUCACCGGCACCUCACGGUACAAUAUUGCUGCAUCAAUUUACUGUUCUGAAGCACACCCUUGUCCAAAUAUCACAUUUGAGAAUGUGAAUCUGCGCAGUGUGAAUCAGACAAAAGGACUGCCUGCAUAUGGAACACCUUUGCAGUAUGAAGUUUUCCAGUGUGCGAACAUUAUUGGUGAAAGCAGUUCUGGAAUUCCCUGCAAUCAUGUUGCACCCAGCAACUUUAGCCAAAGUGUUUAUAGCAAUGUGAAAUAA